AUGCCUUCUCAAAUUCUCCUGUUCAUUACGAUUUUGAUUUGUUGUCUUACGGUUACUCACUCUGCUCCUAUCAAUGGCAAAAGGCCUCCACCACUUCAGGCUUCAAAAGGUCAUCCAGUUCCUCCCAAAACAAUUGGAGAUGCUUUGAAGAAUAGAGAGAUUCACGAUGGCCGGAAAGUAGGCUUAUACCAUGAGGAUUCUCGUGUAGAUUUAAAUACAGGAAAGGUAACAACCACUAGGCGUCCUAUGACUCAUGCCGAGAUGGAAGGUCAUCUCAGCGUUCCAUUCCAUGAAGCUUAUCUGGGAAGUACAUAUGAGCCGCACCCAAGCAAUUUUAAAGCUAAAUCGUCUAACAACGCUGGCGGUGAUGUAGAAGUACGCCGAUUUGAUCCUAAAAAAAGAAAGUUCACUGCUUCAGCACCUCUGACAAAGAAAGAGACUGAUAAUCUUCACGCAAGUUUGUCAAGUCAGGUUAAGGCUAUUAAGCGUCAGUCCAAAGAGAAGUCGCAACAAUGA